AUGAGAUCACCGCAGAACUUCUUCUUGAUGAGCUCCCUCCACGAAUGCCCACGCCAGAGGAGAUUAGUCUUAUUCUUCACACCCCGGCGGUCCGAUGACAUCAUUCGCCGGAAGGCAUACUAUUUGUCUAAGGAUAGCGUGCUUGUUUUUCUUCGGACCCAUUAUGACCCGGAAGAUGAUGGCAAAAUGAACGAAUGGGUCUAUGAAACCGAUCUGUUCGAGGACAACUCCUGGUGGGCAUGUCUCAACAAUCCACACUUGUUCAAUUUCGGCUCAAAUUGGCAGCGGGUAUACGAAAUCAUGCCCGAGGUAGCUGGUUUCGUUGAUCGUACUCAACGAUUCACUCACCCAAGAGAACUAAACUGUUUUCGAGCAUCGUUGAAAAAGGGUCCACGUACGAAGGAACAAAAGGGCGCCGAUGAGUGUAUAAAGAAGCGGCUUAAGAUACCUGAGGAGUCAGAGAACCGUCUACAUGAUAUCAAGAUAGCGGCAUAUAUUGUCAUUGCUUAUCAAGAGGCUUUUCGGUCUGGGCUGUUACGUCUGCUCUGUUUGGAUGAUCGACAAAACAUUAUUCGGGAGGUACGCGUGGAUCAGAAGCCAGCUGAGAUCACGAAACUUAUCUUGCAGAGGGACCCUAUCCUCGGACUGUGA